AGGCUACGUUUAUGCGUUUAUGCCUAACUAAUUCCCUCCAACUGCAUAGUUUCCCCGAAUUACAAAAGAACCAAAAACACCACCUUUCCUCUUACACUAAUUUACAUAUUCUAGUUGGUUUUACAUGAAAAUCCCACCAAAGAAACCUCAUUUUUUCAAACCCAUUUUGCCAGAUUUCAACAAUGGUCUUAAAAUACCUAUAGGUUUCUUGAAGUAUUUGAAGGGACAGGAACAUGUUAAAUGUGCUGUACUGAAAAGGGAUGGUAAGAAAUGGAGGGUUAAGGUGAAUGGCCGGAAACUGGAAGAGGGUAAUUGGGGGAAAUUUGUAAAGGAGUUUGAUUUGCAAGUGGGAAAUAUAUUGGUGUUUAGUCAUGAAGGAAGUAUGGAAUUUGAAGUUUCAAUUUUUGAUUCAAGUCAAUGUAGUAGAGAAUAUGCAGAGUAUAUGCAAGAAGACGUGAUCGAGGAUGUGAUGGAGGUGGACGAGGAGGAAGAUGAGGAGGAUGAGUACGUGGUGGAAGAGGAGGAGGAGGAUGAGUACGAGGAGGAAGAGGAUGAGGUCGAGGAGGAGGAAGAAGAAGAAGUUGUUACAGAUGACAAUUCUUGUGAAAGAUCUUAUUUUGAAUACACUAUUACACCAUAUUGCCUUUCCUUCAGAGCUUGCUUGUUUCUGCCUCAACAAUUUGCACUUGCGAAUGAUCUCACCAACAAGAAGUGCAAAUUGAUAAUAAGAGAUGAAAGACAAAGGUCAUGGAAAUUAAAGAUAUGCAGUUCCAGCAAUCCUCGACCUCGAGCCUAUAUUGGAAGUGGAUGGCGUAAAUUCAUCGCUGAGAAUUCUAUAAAGGAGGGAGAUCGUAUUAAGUUUGAGGUUGUCACAAAUGGAAAGACACCAAUAUGGAAAUUUCAAGUUGAUACAGACUAUCAAACACCAAUGAGGAAGUUUCAAGAAACACCAAGCCUGAACAUCGACUUGUCAAAUAAGACUUCUUCCCAUGCCGAAGCUGCUUCUACUAACAAGGCUUUUGUUCAAUCUCAUUUUGAAUGCACUAUUAGACCAUAUUGUUUUUUAAGAGGUACCUUGAAUGUGCCCAAACAAUUUGCAAUUGCAAAUGGUCUCACUAACAAGAAGUGUGAGUUGAUUGUAAGAGAUGAAAGACAAAGGUCGUGGAAUUUAAAGCUAAGUUCCGGCAGUACCCGAUCCUAUAUUGGGGAUGGAUUUCGUAAAUUCAUCGCUGAUAAUUGUUUAAAGGAGGGAGAUGAUAUUAUGUUUGAGGUUAUCACUAAUGGAGAGACACCAAUAUGGAAAUUUAAAGUUGUCACAGGUGGAGAGACAGCAGUGAGGAAGUUUCAAGAAAAGCUGAGCCCCAACAUCGACUUGCCAAAUAUGACUUCUUCCCAUGCAGAAGCUGAUACUAACAAGCCUUUUGUUCGAUCUCAUUUUGUAUGCACUAUUACUCAAAAAAUGUUUUCAAGAGGUCUCUUGUAUGUACCUAAAAAAUUUGCAAUUGCAAAUGGGCUCACCAACAAGAAGUGCGGGUUGAUUGUAAGAGAUGAAAGACAAAGAUCGUGGAAUUUAAAGCUAAGUUUCGGCGGUACUCAAGCUCAACCCUACAUUGGAUAUGGAUUGCGUAAGCUCAUCGCUGAAAAUUGUACGAAGGAGGGAGAUCGUAUUAAGUUCGAGGUUGUCACUAAUGGAAAGACACCAAUCUGGAAAUUUCAAGUUUUUACUGAUGGAGAAAUUCCAAUGAAGACGUUUCAAGAAAGACCGAGCCCGAGCAUCAAGUUGUCAAAUAAGACUUCUUCCCAUGCAGAAGCUGCUACUAACAAGCCUUUUGUUCAAUCUCAUUUUGAAUGCACUAUUAGAGAAUAUUGUCUUUCAAGAGGUCUCUUGUACCUUCCUAAACAAUUUGCAUUUGCCAACUGUCUCAUCAACAAGAAGCACGAUUUGAUUAUAAGAGAUGAAAGACAAAAGUCGUGGAAUUUAAAGCUCUGUUAUUGUCAAACCGAUGUCUAUAUUGGAGAUGGAUGGCGUAAAUUCGUUGCUGAUAAUUGCUUAAAGGAGGGAGAUCGUAUAAUGUUUGAGGUUGUUACUAGCGGAGAGACACCAGUAUGGGAAUUUCGAGUUAAUGAGGCAAAAACUCCAUUGCAGAAGUAUCAAGAUAUUAUGAAAAAGCCCUCAAACACGAGUCCUCUCAAUGCACAAGUAUCUACUUCAACUUCUGGUGAUGAUGAUCAUCCUUAUUUUAUUUCCACCAUUAAACGUUAUUGCAUCCGCAAGACAGAAUUGUAUUUUCCACUGGAUUUUGCAAAGUCAAAUGGAUUGAAUAGGAAGUGUGAGAUGAUUCUUAAAGACGAAACAGAGAGAUGUUGGUCAGUGUGGCUGGGGAGACUUGGAACUCAUUUUGGCAUUACACGCGGAUGGACAAAAUUCAGAACAGAAAAUGGACUCCAAGUAGGAGAUGCAUACAAGUUUGAACUGAUCAAGAAUGGGGAAAUACCUAUAGCACACUUCCAUUAAACACCGUUGGAAAUAUGGUAUUUCUGAUGGCAGAUCCACUGGAAAUGUCCAUGACGAGCCAAAUUAGCGAUUUAUGCAAUAUAUUUACACAAUUAUAUUAGUUAAAAGGUAUUACAAAUAAAUCUCCAUUUUUGUGGUCUCGAUGUAACAACAACCAAAAACCAGUGUAAUCCCACAAGUGGGGUUUAGCCGUCUAGGAAGGGUAAGAUGUAUGCAAUGUUACCUUACCUUUAUAGGGUAGAAAGGUUGUUUCAAAUUGAUCCUAGCCAACCCUCCGCCUUUAUCUGGCUUUGGGACCAGCAAUGUGAGCUAGCUCACAUAGAUGAAGUUAAUUGUCUCUGUAACAUUUCUCAAAAUCGUGUAUUAUUCUUGCAAAUAGUUUGUU